GAGUUUACACUCCAGCCGAAGACUGGAUAACACUCCUCUUGGGAGCUGGUCCUCAAACAGACCUCCUCCCUCUGGAUCAGGUAGAGGCUUAAAACUGACAAGAGGCUCAGCCCUCAGCCUUUUUUCCUUCCCCUCAUUGUGAGUCACCUUUUUAAUCUGCGAGUUGAACACCAUGGGGACUCCAAAUGAUCAGGCCGUCUUGCAGGCCAUCUUCAACCCCGACUCCCCAUUUGGAGAUAUUGUUGGGUUGGACCUGGGAGAUGAAGCAGAGAAGGAAGUAGAUGAAGAUGAAGUUUUCCCGCGAGCGCAGCUGGAGCAGUCCAAGGCCCUGGAGCUGCAGGCGGUGAUCGCAGCAGAGGCUGGUGACCUCAGCACAGCCCUGGAGAGGUUUGGCCAAGCCAUCAACCUAUUGCCUGAGAGGGCCUCAGCCUACAAUAACCGAGCCCAGGCCCGGCGUCUCCAGGGGGAUGUGGCAGGCGCCCUGGAGGACCUGGAGCGCGCGCUGGAGCUGAGCGGCGGCCGAGGUCGCACCGCCCGCCAGGGCUUUGUGCAGCGCGGGCUCGUGGCGCGGCUGCAGGGCCGGGACGACGACGCCCGCAGUGACUUCGAGCGGGCGGCGCGGCUGGGCAGCCAGUUUGCGCGCCGCCAGCUGGUGCUGCUCAACCCGUACGCGGCGCUGUGCAACCGCAUGCUGGCCGACGUGAUGGGGCAGCUGCGCCGGCCCCGCGACGGGCGCUGAGCGCUGGCAGGCGGGAGAGCGAGGAGUGUGGGGGGAUGCGCCAGCAACCAAUAAAGCUGUCGGUUCGCCCAGCCCC